AUGGCGUCACCUCCGAUUGAUUCUCGGGGUAAAGCGCGAAAGAAACGCCAGGAAUCAUUACGCAAAGAUGACACCCAGGAACCUCAAAGCAGUGAUGAAGACCCAGGAGAGACUUUGAAACGCACAAUCAGAGCUCAGAGACAGCGGCGGAAGAAAAUGCUACUUGAACAGUCUCAAGAGGAUUCUGAGGAUGUUGUGGAGGACAUUUCUCCCAUUCAGCACAAGACUGAAGAUGCUGAAGAAGCUGAGAAAAUGACUGAUCCACCCAGGACUAAGAAAAGUUUGUCUAAACUGCCACCUAUUCCUGGCUCACAACACUUGGAGGACUUGAUGACACAGAACUUGAAGGAAAAGCUUCUAGCAGCCAGAACCAGAGUCGAGAGUCUUCAUCAACAAGAAUCCAGCAUCAAGCCACCCAGUCGACUACAAAGAUUAAAAGACCGAGAAACAAUAACCCGGUUUGAUAGAGACCUUGAUGCCAAUGUCUCUCAAUCUCUCAGCACAAGAGUUCAAUUCAGAGAAGCAGCAAAAAAAAAUGAUACCGGGAUCCCAACCGCUGAGGAAGCAUAUAAUUUCUUCACUUUUAACUUUGAACCAGAGCCUGAAGAGAGUGAGGAACAGAGUAAGGAAAGCCUGACCAAAAGAAAAACUUCUUUGGAGGAUGAGGACAGUGAGAGGGAGCAAGAGGAAUCGGACAUUGAUCAGGCCAAUCAAGACAAAGACCACAAUGAGGAGGCCCCCCUUGUCCAAGGAGACGACUUAUUUGCGAUCGAACAAUCAACACAGGACUUUAUUGUGGUGAAGAAAGCUCAGUACAUCAGAUACCACAAGCGUCUUCAACACGAGAGAGAGCUGCUCUUUACACCCAGUUUACGACCAGUUCCAACAUCUGUGAAACUACCUGAGAACAUUAAGCCACGCUAUCUGGAGGACGAGGGUCUGUAUGUAGGAGAGAGACCCCCUGUUUCCUUCACCAAUGAGAACAUUUUCGAGAAUCGUCUUUUAAAAUCUGUGGAGGGGAAAAAAUGGUUUGGUGACGAUGGCAGGAUAAAAGCAUUACCAAAUCCUAUAAAAGAAUCAUCAACGCGACCCCCUCUGUUUCAUAUGGAGGAAGAUCUGGACCCGGCACUACAGACAGUCUUUAGGAAGCCAGUAAUGUCAAAGCCAGAGAAUGUGUACUUUGCUGGGGUGGGGGACUCUGCCGGAGACUUCCAGUUGGAUGUUGAUGUCUCUGGACUGAUCUUCUCCCAUCAUCCCCUGUUCAGCCGCGAGCACGUGCUGGCGUCGCGUUUAGUCCAACUCUACGACCAGCACCUCAAUAGGCAACACAAUAACCUCACAGGAUACCUCAGUGAGAAGUUGAAAGGACUGAGAACGGCAUUGAAAAAUAUGAUUGAGAUUCACGGGACAGAAAAUGUCACAGAGGCUUUGCAGCAGAGAUUUUUAGAGUACAGCGUGGAAGUCAAUGACACCCGUCAAAUGCGAGACCGUGAACAGGAGAAGGACAGGACUCUGUUGAAGAAUAUUAUUAAAGUUUGGAAAGACAUGAAGGCCCUGAGAGAAUUUCAAAAAUUCACCAACACACCAUACAGACUGCAGCUCAGAAGAGAAAAUGUAGACCGUGGCUUGGAUGAGCAGGAGUAUGAGGGAGAAGUCCUGGCAGAAGUCAUAGAGUUGGAAGCAGAGGCCGACCAGGAGUACCAGCGAAAGAUGGCGGACUACAGGACUCAGCUGGAGAAGUGGAAACUAUGGAGAAGAAAGCAGAAAGGUAAAAAGAAGAAAACUAAAAGGAAUGCUGCAGCUAACUCAGAAGAUGAAGACAUGAGUGAAUCUGAAUCAAAUCAGGAAGAGCCUCUUCCAAAACCAGACCCUCCAGAGAAACCAGACAUUCAACGUUUGGAACAGACUGUGAGGGAAAAGGCAUCAAGGAUACGCAGAAAACCUGGAGAGCCCAUCCUGAUCCCUGAGCUGUCGGCAUCUGGCAACAUCACAGCCACUGACCAAUGCCCUAGAGCUGAGGUUUCUCGAAGGACAGAUGUGGGAAGGCGCACUCUGUUUGUCAAAAUUAUCUAUAAUGACAAAGAAGUGUCAAGGACCGACAGCUGUGCCCUCAAUUCUGACUUCAGGGUGCAUUUUGGACAAAUUUUCAAUCUCAGAAUCAUCAACUGUCCCCAAAGCAUCUGUCUGCAGGUGUUUGAAGAGGGUGGUGUGCCCUGCUCUUUACUGACUCAGGUCUUCAUCCCGGCCCCAGAUCCCUCCGUUCUGACUGGUAGCGCUCUCAUAGAGAAUUUUGAGUUCAGCAGCAACCAGAGAGUCAUCUAUGACCACGAAGGAGUGGGAAGUGAUGUGCCCCUGUCCUUUGAGGCAGAUGGCAGUAAUAAAGUCACCUUAUUGACGUCUGGAAAACUGGCGUGUUGCGUUUCUUGGGCCAUUGGCGAUGACGACGUCCCUCUGGCUCCUCCCGUCUCACAACAACAUGGUAGAAUACACAGUGGCUUGGGACACCUAGAUGCCGUCUCGUCUAUUGGAGCAUCUGGGUUGUACGACUUGAAGAAAAUUGGCGAAUGGGCAAAACAAUCACGGCUGGAUCCCAACGACCCAAAAAAUGCCUCCAUCAUGCAACUUUUGAAAGUUGCGAGUAGUGGAGAGGUGACCGCUCCCGACUACUUCAGGCUCGAACAGUUGCAAGAAGAAUUUAACUUUGUCGGUGAUGAAGAGUUGGACAAUUCAAAAAGAUACAAACUGCUGAGACUCAGGAAUCAAGGUGUCCCAGAGUUCAGGAAUUAUAAAUUUGUUCCGGCUCUGGAGAGGGAGGUGUCUGAUAAGGUUUUUCAGGAUUAUGAGAAGCGAUUGAAAGAGGGGGAUGUUGUCGACACCAAACAACAUCUGGAUUCUCAUCGGGCUUUUGUGGCCUCUUACCUUAAAAAGAUCAGAGAAUCAGUCUUUAACAGAUUUCUUCUGGCUAAACAUCACUACCUGCUAACAGACCUGGUUGUAGAAGAGGAGAUUCCCACUAUUGGAUUGCUGGGUAUAAACAUUUUCAAAUUGGCCGAACCCAAGCGCCCGCUUAAGCCACAGAGAAAAGAGAGGAAGAAGGUAACUGCACAAAACCUUUCUGACGGAGACAUCAAACUGCUGGUCAACAUCAUCCGGGCCUAUGACAUCCCUGUGAGAAAACCCCACAGCAAUAAACCAGCACCAGUACAGACCUCUCAGGCUGACCUUUAUCAGGUUCAGGUGCGGCCUUUCGUGGAGGUGUCGUUCCAGCGUACGUUACUCCAGACGACGACCGCAGAGGGACCAAACCCCAGCUGGAACGAAGAGCUUCAGCUUCCAUUUAGUGCUCCAAAUGGAGACUAUAGCACUGCAAACCUGCAGUCUGUCAAAGAUGAGGUUUUUAUCAACAUUUUUGAUGAAAUGCUUCAUGAAACCGGACCAGGUGAUGGUGAAAAACAAAAGUCCAUCCACACUCGUUUUGAGAGGCACUGGUUGGGUUCAGUCAAGAUCCCCUUCAGCACCAUUUAUUCUCAGUGCAAGAUUGAGGGGACUUUCAAAGUGAACACGCCGCCUGUGCUGCUGGGCUACAGUAAGGAGCGCAGCCACAAUCCGAAUGGAGGUUAUGACUUAACUGUGAGCGGAGGAGCGUUCAUCAGUCUCUUCAUCACCAUCGAACCUCAGCUCGUGCCCGGAGAGUCCAUACGGGAAAAGUUUGACAGUCAAGAGGAGGAGAGUUUGCUCCUGGCCACAGAGAGGUUUGAGAGAGAAGCCGCCCGCAGUCACCCAGACAGACCCUGCCUCACCACCGUCAUAGACCUCAAUGGAAAAACGGUCUUCAUAACUCGCUACAUCAAACCUCUCAAUCCGCCGCUGGAUCUGAUUUCUGACACGGCGAUGUCCAUGUCUAUGGUGGCCCGGUUUGUGUCACUUAUCCCAUCAUUGCCCGAUAGAGUUUCAUUCUCUGGUAAUUGUGACCUCUGGACCACAUGUGAUCAAUUUCUGACAUUCCUGGCUGGAGAUGAGGAAGAGCACGCUGUUUUGUUGUGCAAUUACUUCUUGUUCAUGGAGAAGAGGGCCUGGCUCGUCAUUGGCACCGCUAUACCAGAGGGACCCACAGCAUAUGUACUGACGUAUGAUCAGAGUCGUUAUUUGAUCUGGAAUCCCAGCAGCGGACAGCACUACGGCCAGUACGACACUUUCUGCCCACUUAAGGCUGUGGGCUGCUUGGUCGAUGCUCACAAUGUUUGGUUUAACGUUCAACAAUACAGUUGUCCAACAAGAAUUAGUUUCGACACCUCAAAAAACAAUUUGUGGCGACCAUUUUUCUCCCGGUCUUUCACUCACCCAGGUCUUUCCAGUGUUCAGCCAGAACAGAUGAUGUACCACAACACUGACAAAUCAGCUGUCGCAGAGCUUCAAGACAGGAUUGAAAAAAUCCUUAAGGAGAAAAUAAUGGAGUGGCGCCCCCGUCAUGUCACACGCUGGAACCGGUUCUGCUGCAGUGCACUCAAACAGUUCCUGCCCAAACUGGAGAAGAGCAGUGGACAGGACCUUGUUGAGGGACACCGGCACGAUCUGCUGACUCUGCUGGGAGAUCACAAAAUUUCAGGUUUCCCUUUGAAUUUGCCCUUCUCUGAAAUCAUGCCCAUCAUUGAAGCAGUCCACAGCACCGGCGUUCACAACAUCCAGGCGCCCAAAGUGGAGUUUGCUCUGGCUGUGUACGUUCACCCCUACCCCAGCAACGUGCUGUCCGUCUGGGUCUAUCUGGCUUCACUUAUCAGGGACUAA